CGGGGCGCAGGUAGGUGGAGACACCGAAGGUAAACGCGGAAGCAAGGAAAAGCUCAUCGGUUCAAACUUAAGGAAAAAACGUUAAAUCAGAGAUUUAUAUGCUGCCGAGCGAACAACAGUAACAGGGAAUCACUGUCUUUUCCUCCCAGUUUCACCAUGGGCCUGUGUGACAGCCUGUCCCACUGUAAACUGGCUCUGGCCUUCGCUGUGCUGAUGGAUUUACUGGGAGGAGCCGCUCUGCUGGUGGGAGUCUUUGCCCAUCUGGAAAUCGAAGGACAGGACUAUGGGGACUUGCUGGUCUAUACUGGAGCCCUGUUCGUGCUGAUGUCUCUGGGCGGAUGGGUGUUGUGGUACAGCGGGAACAUCGAGGGCCUGGCGUCCAGCAAGGAGCUGGGACACAUCGGCAGCGCUGUGGACCGACUCGCUCGCAACCUCAGCCGCAAGAUCCGCAGCUACAGGAGCCACCGCUGAGGAGGAAGCCUGGUUAUACGGCCUGUGUUUGUCAGUAUUAAUGUGAGAUACAAACUGUGUGCUACUAAAAACUCCAGUGUUACGAGCGUGUCAAGAGCAUUUCAACUGUAGGCGUGUCUGAUCUGUUACAAAAUCCGAAAACUCACCUGUUAAUGUUUUAUUGUGAGUAGUAUUUUUUACAUGUUAUAUGUUUGAGCAUGACUCACUGAAUACAGCCGUGGUCUUUUUAUGGAUUUCAAUAAAAGUCUUCUCAUGAA